AUGGCCUCGAUCCAGGCUAUCGAGCAGACAUCAGUGCAUCAGAUCCAGUCAGGUCAAGUCAUCGUAGACCUCAACUCUGUCGUCAAGGAACUCGUCGAGAACAGCCUGGAUGCUGGAUCCACGUCGAUAGAAGUCCGCUUUCGCAAUCAUGGUCUUGACGCCAUCGAAGUGAUUGACAACGGCACUGGCAUUGCGCCAGAAGACUUUGAGUCUGUCGCACUCAAGCAUCACACAUCCAAACUACGUAAUUACGAUGAUCUUGAGAAUCUGGAUACCUUUGGCUUUCGAGGUGAAGCAUUGGCUUCACUUUGCGCCUUAUCCCAGCUCUACAUCAUCACCGCUCGUGAAAUGGACCGACCAAGAGGUACACGCCUUGAGUUUGAGGUAUCUGGCAAAUUGAAGGAUACAACUACCGUCGCUGCACAGCGAGGUACCAAGGUUGUCGUGGAAAAGAUCUUUCACAACCUACCUGUUCGGAAGAAGGAGCUGGAGAAGAACAUAAAGCGUGAAUACGGCAAAGUCCUGACGCUUCUGCAAGCAUAUGCAUGUAUCAGCACCGGUGUCAGAUUCACUGUAUUUGGCUCGAAAAGUCUACGAGACCUGGUUGCACUCGACCUCAAGUUUGAGAUGCAGCCUACCACAUCCACACUCUCAACACACGACGAUAACACCUCUCGCGGCGUCAAAGUCGAAGGACAUAUUUCCAAACCAGUGGUGGGAGAAGGCCGCUCAGCACCAGAUCGGCAAAUGUUUUAUGUCAACUCACGGCCUUGCGGUCUUCCUCAAGUCGCAAAGGCAUUCAAUGAUGUGUACAAGACCUUCAAUAUUUCGCAGUCUCCAUUCGUCUUUGCAAACCUGAUCAUGGAUACAAAUUCUUACGAUGUCAACGUCUCUCCUGACAAGCGGACCAUCCUUCUGCAUGAUCAGGGAGUUUUGCUCGAAUCUCUCAAAGAGACCCUUGUAGAGUUGUUCGAAUCACAGGAACAGACUGUGCCACAGACAAGGCCUGGUCUCACUCAGCCAAAGUUACCUGGGUACAAGCCACUCACUGUCGUACGAGACCCGGAGCCAGAAGCUAUUCCUGCACCUAAUUCAGAAUCACCGACGACCCAAGAAGAUCCAGGUGAGGCAGCUGGAGAACAUCAGGAAGGUCCUCCUGAACGCCUGAUCCACGAUUGGGUUGGCAGGGGUGCUCAAGAUCGGGAUGAUGUUCCAAGGGUACAGGCCAAACCACCAGUUCAGAAUGCAUUCGACCGCAUGCGCCCGCAACGCACUCCUCAACAAGUGGCUGAAAUCACGAUUGGAGACAAAACUACACGAACUGUUAUCGGCAGUGGACACCAUACUCCUUAUACUCCGAAAAGGCACAAGAUUCAUAUUCCAAAGAAUUCAGUGGCAAAGAAACUAAGUCAGUUCGCAAUGCCUGGUACUCAGCUGGAGAGCGAAGACGAGUGCUCUGAAGAGGACAGCGAGUAUGGUGAAGAGAAACAGGAAGAUGCUGAAGAGAGCGAUGAAGAGACACUAUUUGUGCGACAAACGAAUGAUCGGCAAAUUAUACGAGCAGAAAAUGGAACGCCUCAACUUAGCUCUCAGACACUGGAAGAUCUACACACGAGUCCCAUCGAUGAGUUCCUGCGCAGCACAGAGCAGGCCGACGAAGAGCCCCAUGAAGCUCGCGAAGUUGAAUCCGAGUCUGAUCAAGAGUACCUCGACGAGGAGGCGAGGAGAAUCCAGGAGGAUGUCAAAAUUGCUCGAAUGAUUCAAGAAGCCGAAGAUGAUGCCGCUCGCUCACUACACGACAAUAUGAAACGCGCUACCCAAGCUCUUCGAGCAUCGAAACACAAAACACUAAACUUGAGCCAAAUGUACGACAUCUCGAUAACGUCUAUUGCGGAGCAGGCGACCCUCCUCUCGAUGGUCUCGGCAGUGCCACAAGAAGUUUCUCAGGCGAACAUACCCGUUGCUGAUGGUAUAGAGCAAGCGGACGCGGAAGCUCGCCUUUCACUGACGGUAUCUAAGUCUGACUUCGGUCAAAUGGACAUCAUCGGACAGUUCAAUCUUGGUUUCAUUCUUGCAGUACGACCUCCUAGCGAAACAGUCACAUCGUCCGAUCUAUUCAUUAUCGAUCAGCACGCUGCUGAUGAGAAAUACAAUUUUGAGCGCUUCACCGACACCCUGACUCUGGAGCCACAGCGCUUAGCGCAGCCCAAACAAUUGGAGCUCACGGCCAUCGAAGAGGAGAUUGUCCUUGCGCAUACGGAAGCACUCACUGCCAACGGUUUUAUCAUCGAGACGGACACUUCCGGCACAAGCGAUGUAGGAUUGCGUUGUAAGCUCCUUACCUUGCCCACGAGUAAAGGUGUCACGUUCGACCUCAGCGACUUGGAAGAGCUCAUACAUCUGCUGUCUGAUCACUCUGGUGGCAUAAUCCCACGGCCGGGCAAAGUGAGAAAGAUGCUGGCGAUGCGAGCUUGUCGGGCAAGUAUCAUGGUUGGCAAGCCCUUGAAAGAGAAUCAAAUGCUCAAAGUUGUGAGGAAUUUGGGUGAAAUGGACAAACCUUGGAACUGUCCACAUGGCAGGCCAACAAUGAGGCAUCUGGCCGAUCUGAGCACUUGGGGCUUCCGUCAUUCAGAGGCCCCUGAGACCGACUGGAGAGGAUGGAUCGAGAGGGUGAAGAAGGCGAAGCAAGAAGAAAGUGCGAAUGAAGAAGAGGACGGGGACGAGGAGAUGGGAGAAGAAGAAGUUGAUGAGGAGGAUGAAUGA